GAGACAUUCGCAGUCACAGUCACAUUAACAAAGAUCAAAAUACGAGUAUCGGGCUCAUUUGAGUCCCACUCCCGAGAGUCGCAGUUGCUCGCUAUUCCCUCCCUGUUUUCUUCUUCGCAGCUCCGGCUGCACAUUCUAGACAAACGGAGGCCAACUCACCUUCAAUCUAUAGAGGAACCGAGUAGAUAAAAUUCAAUUUAUCCUUAAUUUAGAGGCGGAGACAUAGAGCAUAAAAUAUGGUAAACUCAUCGGUAGUUAAUACGUAUCCUUUAUCGAGCUACACAUUUGGCACCAAAGAGCCCAAAAUGGAGAAAGAUACCUCCGUCGCCGAUCGUCUCGCUCGCAUGAAAGUCAACUAUAUGAAGGAGGGGAUGAGGACAAGCGUGGAAGCUAUUUUGCUGGUACAGGAGCAUAAUCAUCCCCAUAUACUUCUCCUGCAAAUAGGGAACACAUUCUGCAAACUGCCUGGUGGGCGCCUAAAGCCAGGGGAGAAUGAAAUUGAAGGAUUGAAAAGAAAACUGACCAGCAAGCUUGGUGCUAAUUCACCUGCUUUGGUGCCAGACUGGCAGAUUGGUGAGUGUGUGGCCAUCUGGUGGAGGCCAAACUUUGAAACCAUCAUGUAUCCAUAUUGUCCUCCCCACAUUACAAAGCCAAAGGAGUGCAAGAAGCUUUUCCUUGUUCACUUGUCUGAAAGAGAGUAUUUUGCAGUACCCAAAAAUUUGAAGCUUCUUGCUGUCCCAUUGUUUGAACUCUAUGAUAAUGUGCAGAGAUAUGGGCCAGUUAUAUCAACUAUUCCUCAACAGCUUUCCAGAUUCCAGUUCAACAUGAUUACUACAUGAAUUUAGCCUGUUUUGAAGAGCUUACAGCUUUAGUGUAGUACCUGGAUUUCAAGAGGCUGCAGAGAAUAUAGCAUGGAUAGGAGAGUUUAUACCCUGGUAGUACUUCAUAACAGAAUUUUUAAGCUGAUACUUCUUAACAUACCUUUUUAAGUUGGUUGACUAGGUAUUCAAAGUUGUCGAUGAUUGUGACAUGCUCCAUCUCCUUACAGUGGAUGGUACUCAACUUCUACUACAUGGAGUCUUUGUAUUAGUUUAGGUUCCUUGUUCAUGAGAUCUGUGCCUCGCAAUUUUUUUUAGGGUUUACAUGGUUGCAACUUAGUGUUCUAGUGUAAGAAUGUUCGCAUGCUAUCUGCUUGCUUUUCCUGGCAGAAAUAUCCUUGUCGAAUGGGUAAUGCUGAAAUUGUAUGUGUAGUGAAAAAAAAAAUUGAGGCUUGUUAUGUCUACUGAAUUUGUUAUCUUAUCCAUUUGGAAAUAUCAAACUUUGGUGUGUGCAA